AACGGUCGCAUUGGAAUCCGUGAGUGGUCGAUCUCGAGAAACAAGUCUUGCCACUGGUAGAUGAGAUUGGCCGGAACGCGGUUGAUGCUUCGAAUUACGUUCCAUUGUUGCCGACGAUUCUCUUUUGAGGUGGGAGACGAGAGCAGUUUCGCUGAAAUUUGAGAUCUUAGCGUCUCUUCUCUCGCUGGAGCACUCGAAAAUGGAAUGGUGGAUCAAGGUAGCUUCUCCCCUCCGAAGAUUUACCUCCCGUGUCGCCUCUCGUCUCGGAUAUCGCAAACGCGGGCUUCUGAAACUAGGGCGAGAUGUGAAGGCGUGCGAAUACGAGGACGUGCACGUGAUGUGGGAGAUGCUGAAGAGAAACGAAACGGAGGCAGUCGGAAUCCCGGAAGGACGACGUCGAAAGAAGAGACCAAUCUGGAAUAUCUUUUGGUGGGCUCGAUCUGCUCCAUGCAUUGGCUGCAGAUUCUGAACAAUCAUCUCACGGUCAGCAUAUUUUUCUUGGUAAAUCCAGGACGAACACCAUGAAUUUGGGUCAUAUUUGUUGUAAAUCAAUCAGGCAACAAUAAAAGAGAUUGAAAUUUGAUAAAAUGGAUUUUGGUGUUUGUCUCAUAUAAUUUCAUCUCAUGCUUUUAUAUGAUUUGUUUAGCCAUUGCCUCCAUUUCUUCUUCCUCUCGCCUUCUUGAUCUCUACUCCUAACCAGAGCUGACAUGAACCACCGAUUCAAGCAUUCGGAUUGAGAGAGAUUUAAAAUCUUAAUAAUUAUAAUAUUAAUAUUAAUAUUGAUUUUAUAUGUUGUUUUAUUAUAAUAAUUUUGUCAUUUACAAGGGUUAUUGAUUGAAUUGAACGUUUGGGAUGAUGGUUUUUCUGCAACUAUUUUAUAUAUAUCAAAUGUAAUUAAAUUUAGAGACUAUUUUAUAUUUUAUACAUUAUGGUAUAUAUAUAUAUAUAUUUGUAUCAUGUCUUAUUCGAUGUUUUAAUCGAAAAAGAUGAAAUUGAACUCCGUGCCUGUAGCAAUGGAAAUGAUUUAACAGCGAAACGUGGCCGCCGGCUCGCAUUCCGAGCUGUGUCGUUCAUUUAAAUUUGUUUGUCGUUCACCGCAGAGACAUUAACUCCAUACAUUCUGUAUCCGGCCGACCACCCUGCCACAUGACAUUCUUCCAAUUUUAAAAGAUUCUCCUGCUUUUAAUCUCAUCUCCAUUGUUCUUCCGACAACCACUUUCCAUUUGAAGGCCUUCUCCCACAAAAAUACUCUCUUCUCAAUUUGGAGUUUUGGUUACUUGGUCGACUCAUCUUCUUGUCGGUUGCGGCGGCUAUAAGAGGACAUUAUGAAGCUUUGUAGGCUCUUGGUUAUGCUUUUUGUGCUCCACACUUCUCUAUUGCUGCUCUUCUUCUCCAGCAGUAUCUGUUCCUCCUCAAGUUCAGAUAUGACACCAAACCAACCCCAUGUAGUGUCAAAUGAAUGCCUCUCAGCCACACCAUCAAACAGGAAGUUGAAAGUAUGUACUUGCUCGUUGCAGGAUAACGAUGAUAGUAGCCCGGGGAGGAAGAACGUUCGUGUCGAUAACGUAAAUCUUUACGACUACAGUCCCAUCGAUCCAGUUCCAAGCUCAAAGAGAUCCAUAAAACAUGGACCAAUAGAGCAUCGCUCUCCUCUUAUACCUUAUAUGCCAAAUCCUUCUCCUCCAGAUCAACCUCAGCCGGGUGGUUUUGUGUAGACAGCAGAGACAUAUGUUUCUAUCAGCAAACCGGCCAUGUUAACCUGUAAAUCGUCUUUCGUCUACGUCGUAAAUAGUUGCGCCUCAUGUGACACCGCAGGAGAAUGAAGUAUUGGAAUGAUGGGUUAGGAGAUGUAUGUAUUUGUAGAUCUUGCUCCAUAUAGUUGAAGAGUCUAUAAAUGAUUUGUUUUGUGUAUUUAACACUUGUUUUAGUUGUUUAAUAUAUCUAUAUGGGUGAGGCCUUUUUGUUGGAUAA